UGUUGUUAAAGGUGGGAGGGUCCAUCUCGUCGUUACCCCUGGAUACGAGUGCAACGGCUGCCAUUGUACCGAUGCUGACGCGGGCACAUCCCACACAACCUUCCCCCCUACCCUAGGGCAUAUUGCGCAGGUUCCGUUCAGGAUCUAACGGGAAGCUGCCUUCGCACCACUCAGAAGCAGUUUAGAUCUAGUGUUGACAACACGUCAUAAAUAACUCUUCCAUCCAUCACUUAGUGCGAAUCGUUUUGAAUAGACAGCGGAAUCAAAUCUGCCGCAAAUUGUUUAAUCGACGAUGAACUCUAAUUGAGGAGAACGGAGGAGCUACUUAGACGAUUAAUGUUUGUGUUAAUAAUGUUUUGAAAAUUUUCCUAAGUUUAACACAAGAUUUAUUAAAAAUGCCUGAACGUAGGCGGCGCAAUGGUUACUUUCCACCACGAUUCUGGAGGACAUUCUUUUUUGCCUUGUAUAUUAUGUUGUUGAGAACAAGAUUGAUUUUCACCAUGACCCAUGGGCCACUUUUUUCGCGCGCUUUUGGGAGUCUAACGUCGAAUCCUCGAAAGCGAUUCACGACCCUCUUCGUUACGAUAAGCAUAAUCUUCUUCAUCGUUUUCAUCAGCAGCGGCGACCUCUCCAUUCCAAGAGAGGACAAAAUGGAGCAAAGCGUAGCGGAGAUGCAAACCCACCUGCAAUUCCUCGAUUCGCUUUACCGAGCCCGUCUAGAGGACCUCCUUACCUUGCAGAAUAAGGUCCUUUCAAGCCGGUGUUUCAAUGAAAGCCACCAUCAUCAGCCGACAUCGUACAGCGAUACAGUUACGGUCACCCUAACUCCGGAACUUAUGACAUCAUUGAAAAAUCUUAGCGGAACGAAGACAGCGCAAGGAGUUCAGCCCAAAAAUCUCCAGCUUUUUCGCACUCCUUUUGUUUUUCAACUGCUUCCCCAUCUGAUGAAUGACCCAAACAGCCUCCGCCCCUCUUAUCACAUGAAGUCCGGCCGAGUGUUUGUCGACGUUGUUAUCGGUGUACCAACAGUUAAAAGAGAUAAGGAGAGCUAUCUCUUGAUUACGCUUACGCACCUGGUGAACGGGUUGACUGAGGACGACGUUAAUUCGACUCUCAUCGUCGUGUUUGUCGGCGAAACUGAUUUGGAGUACGUCGUGAACACCGCUCGCCAGAUUGAAAUUACGUUUCCGAAGCAAGUGGAAAACGGUCUGAUCGAAGUUUUGUCACCAUCGACAUCUUAUUAUCCCGACUUCGAUACUUUAGAAAAAACACUUGGCGAUUCGAUGAAGCGCGUUAAAUGGCGAACUAAGCAGAACCUGGAUGCCAUCUAUCUGAUGUCCUACGCUCAAACCAAAGGCACCUUCUACUUGAUGCUGGAAGACGACGUAAUUGCCAAGAAGUUCUACAUGCAGGAGAUCAAGCAGUUUACAGCAUCGACAACUGUCUCUACACCGAAUUGGUUCUUCAUCGAGUAUUGUCAAGUGGGCGGCAUCGGCAAACUGUUUCGAUCAUCCGACCUCAUCCACUUCGUUACAUACGUACAGCUGUUUUACAAUAAUAUGCCUAUCGACUGGCUGUUGGAAAGUUACCUCGCUGAUCGAGUCUGUUCCAUCGAUAAGACUGCGAAAGCCUGUUCUAAGAGCAAGAGCACAAUUCGACCAAAGUAUAAAACAUCGUUGUUCCAACAUAUCGGUCUCUACUCUUCGUUAAAAGGAAAAAUACAGAAAGUCAAGGAUGCUCAUUUCGGCUCGGUACCUACUUACUAUCCGCACACCAACCCUCCUCUGGAAUCCAUGAAGACUGAUAUCGUAGAGCAAGGCGAUCACACACUCAAGAGGGCGUAUGAAGGUCAAACUUAUUUCUGGGGUAUCAAACCAAAGAAAGGCGAUAUGAUUGAAUUUUGGUUUGAAAAACCAACGGCUAUUAAGAGCUUCACAUUCCGUAGCAGCAACGUCGACCACGCGACUGACAAGUUCUAUGAUACCGUUGUGGAAGUGCUGCCAGCUGGCACCAACAACUUCACCAUUGUUGGAUCAUUCGAUGAAUUCGGUCUCGCUGAUGGAGAGCUCAAAAAGGACGCCGGACCCUUCUCUGCCAUCCGUCUUCGUGUACAAAGCGAUAGCUUCUACUGGGUCAUCCUCAGCGAAAUUGAAAUAAUGACCCACGAUGGCACCAAAGAAACAAGGUGACAUGAUACACGAACACCCUGGGAGAGAUUCGACAAACAGAUGAAACCACCGCAUAUGAAGCGACACCACACGAGGCCCAAGACUUCUGGACAUCUUCACUAAGGAUUACAACUUUCUAUUUCGGACUUUUCACGACGACUUUUGGCUUACUAUUGGACAAAGAACUUUGACUUUUGAAAAUUUUCCCAUAUUUUCAAAAUAUCUUUAAGCAUAUAAAUGCACGUACAGAAGUUUUAAAUUUUUAUAUUUUUGGUAUGUAUUUUUUACGUCAUCUAGUCAUUUUUUAAUUUUUAAUAUUUUACAUCAAAUAUGUACAUUGAAGCUGUUGUUAGGGAAUGAAAAAUAUUUA